GCUCUUAUCUCCGCUGUGCCUGUGCCUGACUUUUCCUCCUCUUCGUCCCCUCCCACCCGCAACCGCACAGAGAAAGGGGAGGAGGCUCUCUACCCAGCGCAGCCCGAGCACCCCUCCCCCCGGAUCGGGACCCCUGCUCUGCGCAAUCCACCCAUGGCGGAGGAAUCAGGCCGCCCCUUGCCAAAGUUUGGCGAUUGGGAUGUUAAUGAUCCAGCUUCCGCAGACGGAUUCACUGUCAUAUUCAACAAAGCCAGAGACGAGAAGAAGGGUGGGAACGGACAAGACACUGAGUCACCUUCCAAGGACACCAGGACUGAGAGGGUGGAAUCUUAUGCUGCAAAGCCAAGCACGAAGAAAUGGUUUUGUUGUGUGACAGCCAGCCCUACGCAAUCCUGAGGAAGACAACUGCAUGCGUUUUGGAAAUACUGUCCCUUUAAUUUUCUAUACAUACUAUCCAUAAGACAAUGUAGGGGUACCCAGGGCUCCAGGAUGGGCUAUCUCGUAAAACUCUUGCGUGCGUGUAUGUAUGGUGUGAGAGAAUUCACAAAGUGGACUUCUGGUUGUAAUUCUUAGUCGUCUCUCUCUCUCUUUUUGGGUUGGUCACGGUUCUAUGAUCCAGCAAUCCACUGAACUGUUUGGUA